AUGUCCACGGGUCUCUUCAGUAAUGCUUCAAGUUCAGAGACACGUCAUCGAAAGACGGUGCUUGUAAUUGAAUAUGGAGACUUUGCCAACACCGUUAACGUUACUGUCCCGUACUUCGCAACAUAUGACCAGUCAGCCCACCUCUACAAUAUCACAUCUGUUCCGCAAAUCCAUCUCGGUAACCGUACUUCUCGGCUACGCGUCGGGGCCACCGUUGGCGGAAGUUCAACCGUCAAUGGCAUGGCUUGGGACCGUGGCUCCGUGGCUGAUUACAACGCAUGGGAAGCUCUCGGAAAUCCAGGUUGGGGUUGGGACACUCUGCUGAAAUAUUUUCGCAAGUCUUCUACUUUCGCGCCUCCUGCUCAAGAGUAUGUCGAUAAGUACGGCUACCAAUGGAGUCCAGAGGCAUACGGAGACGGGCCUGUGAAAAUAGGUUUUCCGUCAUGGCAGUGGCCGGAAGCAGCUCAAGCUUGGGCCGAAGACAUAGCAAUUCCUGUGUUGAAAGACGGUGCUGACGGAGACAAUGUCGGCAUUGCCUGGCUACCGCAAAAUUCGGGAGGCGAGAGCGCAACGCGCUCGACGUCCGAACCCGCAUAUUUCAACCCUGUCAGCGAUCGCCUGAAUUUGCACCUUCUUGUGCACCAUUACGGAGCAGCUAUCAAGUUCGAAGGGAACCAGACGAUUGGACUCGAUAUCGACAGCCGUGAUCGCUCGGAGACAAAGUUUGUGAGAUCGAAGAAUGUCAUCCUAGCUGCGGGCGCUGUCAACACUCCACGAAUCUUGCAGCUUAGUGGAGUUGGCGCAGAGAAGCUCCUCGGCUCCCUGGAUAUCGAAGUCGUGUCCGAUUUGCCUGGAGUUGGUGCGAACUUUCAAGAUCAUCCUUCCAUCUUCAUGGUUUACGAUUUUACAAACGACACUACACUCAACCCGAGUUUGAUGAGCAACGAGACGUUCUACAACAGGUCUUGGGCGGAGUACGAGGCCAACAAAACUGGGCCGCACACUCAUGCCUGGGGAAACAAAGUCGUUUUCACGUCCCUGCAAGAUCUUGAACCUGUCAACUAUCAAUCCAUCGCAAUGGCAGUCAGUGAGCAAGAUCCAUUGCAUCAUCUUCCUCAAGUCUACGCCGAAAACUCGGCCUUAAUAGAGGGGUUUCUCCAGCAACGAAACGUCUUGACGCGGCAGUUCCUCAAUUCAAAGGCAGGGGUAGUUGAGUUUACAUUCGGCGGCGCGGAAAACCUCCCUAUAGCCUUGCAAAAGCCUCUGUCGAGAGGUACGAUUACCAUCAAUAGCACAAACCCAGACCCAGCUAUCGCACCGCUAAUCGACUUCAACACGAUCUCCAAUCCAAUCGACACAAUCCUCCUCACCCGCGCAGUCUCCAAAGCGCGGGCCUUCAUGUCGAGCCCGGGUGUCGAGUCACUUGGCGCCGUCGAGCUGAUGCCAGGCCCUGGCGUGGCAAGUGACGCUGAGAUUGAAACGUUCAUGAAAGAGUCGUGGCUGGCUUCAAGUUUCGACCACCCGGCGGGAACAGCAGCAAUGAUGCCUCGGGAGUGGGGAGGUGUUGUGGACAGUAAUUUGAGCGUUUACGGAGUCAAGGGCUUAUGGGUAGUGGAUGCUAGUAUCAUGCCAAUUCUGCCAGCGGCGCAUACCCAAGCUACAGUCUAUGCUGUAGCGGAGUACGCAGCAGACAUAAUCAAAGGCUUCGAACAGUGA